UAAAUUUUCACUGCUCGGCGGUACCUCCGCCGCCUGUCCUGCCGGGCCGCCGGAAGUCGCUGGCCUCUCAUUUCUGCAAAAUCUACCGCAAUAACCGCAGUGAAUCACUUCUGCUUUCAAGAGCACUACUAAUUGCUGCUAACUGUCGUCAUUUACAGUGUAACCACGCAUUUCGUAAAGUCCACCGACUCCAGAUUUGUCCCUAGCGCAAAAACGACGAAACGACGACGUUUGUAUUCUUCCGCCGCUUCGGUAAUGUCGCUGCAGCCUCCGCCGGCGGAGAUCGGGAAGAGAGUGUUGGGGGAUGGAUGGCUUGCCGCGCGGUCCACGGAGGUCAGCGCCACCGGAGUCGAGCUCACCACAACCGACCCUCCCGCCACCAGUCAACCCCCGUGGAUGGAGGCCGUAGUUCCCGGAACUGUUUUGGCAACUCUAGUGAAGAAUAAUGUCGUCCCCGACCCCUUUUAUGGGCUGGGGAACGAGGCGAUUAUCGACAUUGGUGAUUCGGGGAGGGAGUAUUACACUUUCUGGUUUUUCACAAGAUUCAAACUGAAGCUGUCGACAAAUCAGUACGUGGAUCUGAAUUUCCGUGGUAUAAAUUACUCUGCCGAGCUUUAUCUAAACGGGCACAAGAAGGUCCUCCCAAAGGGGAUGUUCCGAAGGCAUUGCAUUGAUGUCACCGAUAUUCUAAAUCCAUCCGGUGAAAAUCUAUUGGCCGUCCUCGUCUUCCCUCCCGAUCAUCCGGGGAAAAUCCCUCCGGAAGGUGGUCAGGGUGGUGAUCAUGAGAUUGGUAAAGAUGUCGCCACACAAUAUGUUGAGGGGUGGGAUUGGGUGGCUCCAAUAAGGGAUAGAAACACUGGUAUCUGGGACGAGGUCUCACUUUCCGUGACGGGGCCAGUGAAGGUAGUGGAUCCUCACUUAGCCUCGACAUUCUACGACAAUUACAAGCGGGUGUACCUUCAUACGACGCUCGAUUUGGUCAACAAGGGUGACAAAGCCGCCGAAUGUAAUUUGACUAUCCAGGUGGCAACCGAAGUUGAAGGGGAUGUAUACACAAUCGAGCAUCUCUACUCUCAGAUUCUUCAGGUUCCGGCAAGAUCUCUUGUUCAGUAUACAUUUCCGGAGCUAUUCUUCUAUAAACCCAAUCUGUGGUGGCCCAAUGGAAUGGGGAACCAAUCUUUAUACGACGUAGAGAUAAAUGUUACAGUGCAAGAUCAUGGAGAAUCGGAUAAAUGGAGCCAACCGUAUGGGUUUCGUAAGAUUGAGAAUAAAAUCGAUGCUGCUACUGGAGGAAGGCUAUUUAAGGUCAAUGGAGAGCGGGUAUUCAUUCGGGGAGGUAAUUGGAUAUUAUCCGAUGGAUUGCUACGGUUUUCGAAGAAACGGUACAAAGCUGAUAUCAAAUUUCAUGCCGACAUGAACUUCAACAUGAUACGAAUAUGGGCUGGAGGUAUUGCCGAGCGUCCCGACUUCUACCAUUAUUGUGACAUUUAUGGACUUCUGGUUUGGCAAGAGUUUUGGAUAACCGGAGAUGUUGACGGGCGUGGCGACCCAAUAUCAAAUCCUGAUGGUCCGUUGGACCAUGAUCUCUUUUUGUUGUGUGCUCGGGACACGGUGAAGAUGCUAAGAAAUCAUCCGAGUCUUGCUCUAUGGGUCGGAGGCAACGAGCAAGUUCCUCCACCAGAUAUUAACUUAGCUUUGGAACAGUUUCUCCAACUCCACCCUCAUUAUUUAAGCUCUAAUUAUUCCUCAGAAGGGAGUUCCUCGAUAUUGAAGGACCCGAGCACAUAUCUAGACGGGACUCGUGUCUACAUCCGAGGAUCUAUGUGGGAUGGCUUCGCAGAUGGCAAAGGAAAUUUCACCGAUGGCCCUUACAAUAUCCAAAAUCCCGAGGACUUUUUCAAGGAUGAUUUUUACAAGUAUGGUUUUAAUCCUGAGGUUGGUUCGGUAGGAAUGCCGGUUGCAGAAACUAUUAGAGUGACAAUGCCUCCAGAGGCUUGGCAGAUUCCUUAUUUCCGAAAAUUGUCGAGUGGUUAUGUGCAAGAAGUCCCGAAUCCCAUAUGGACCUAUCAUAAGUAUAUCGAAUAUUCAAAACCGGGGCUUGUCCAUGACCAGAUUUUGCUCUACGGAACUCCCAAGGAUCUCGAUGACUUUUGCCUUAAGGCACAAAUGGUGAACUAUAUCCAAUACCGAGCUCUCUUAGAAGGUUGGACUUCGCACAUGUGGUCUAAAUUCACAGGCGUUUUGAUUUGGAAGAAUCAAAACCCGUGGACUGGUCUUCGGGGGCAAUUCUACGAUCAUCUCCACGAUCAAACUGCUGGGUUCUUUGGCUGUCGUCACGCUGCAGAACCGAUUCACGUGCAGUUGAAUCUGGCAACGAAUUUUGUGGAGGUAGUGAAUACAACGUCGAAAGAACUAUCUAAGAUAGCUGUGGAGAUUUCGGUUUGGGAUCUCGACGGAUCGUGCCCGUAUUACGAAGUCUUCGAUGACUUGUCCGUGCCCCGGAAGAGAACAUUGCGGAUUUUCGAAAUGAAAUAUCCCAAAUCCGGGAACCCGAAACCCGUUUAUUUUCUUCUUUUGAAGCUCUACAAGAUGUCGGACGACGAGAUAUUGUCCCGAAACUUCUACUGGCUGCAUCUCCCGGGCGGCGACUACAAGCUUCUAGAAGCGUAUAGGAAGAACACGGUUCCCCUCGAGGUUAGCUCUUUAACAUUCAUUAAGGGGUCGAGCUAUGAGAUUCGGAUGCACAUAAAGAACGCGUCGAAGAAGCUCGGUGAUCAUGGUAAGCCGGUGUCUGAAUCUGGACAUUGUCCGAAGAAGAACGAGUUUGCUAAGGCGCUGUCUGAAUCUGUCCGUUGUCUGAAGAUGAAAACAAACGAUGCGAAAGUGACUAAGGUUAAGGGGACGGCGGCUGGAGUUGCGUUCUUUGUUCGCUUGUCGGUUCAUGAUUCGAAGAAGGAUGGAAAUGGCGGCAGAACAGACACGCGGAUCUUGCCGGUUCAUUAUUCGGACAACUAUUUCUCACUGGUGCCGGAGGAGGCGAUGACGGUGUCGCUCAAGUUUGAGGUUCCGGAAGGCGCGACUCCUCGUGUGGUGAUGCAUGGAUGGAAUUAUGAGGAGCAGGUGGAGCUUGCUAUUGUGUAGCGGCUGACCGGUGACCGUCGGACGCCGGAAUUUCGAUCGCUGGCGGCCGGAAAAUGUGUGGUGUUGUGAUCAAUCCUGUUGUUUUGUGUGAGGUUUGAGGUUGUGGGAAUAAAAUGGAGGGACUUGCUUGUUGUUGUUGUGAUAUGUAGGUGUGGUGGAUUUUCCUGGUGUUCCGAGUCCUGGGAGCUCGGGUCGUGACCUCAGUAUAUAUAGGUCAUGCUUGGAAUAAUAUAUAUAUAUUUAAUUUGGGAGCUCUGUUUAA